CGUUUCACCCUAUCUGGUGGAGGUCCUCGUCUGUAAUUCCUGCACUCUCUUGCCAGAGAGUGCUCGCAGUUGUCUUCCCUUGUGCCCGGUGUCGUCGUGCGCAACGAACGGUGGACGUUUACUGUAAGAGCGAACGAACCCGACUGAACUUAAGAACUGGAGAGCUUUGUUGGAGAAGGACGAACAGGGACACCUGACGAAACAGUCUCAAGCGCCCUGCGUUCUCCUGCGUAUGUAGCCUAUGUUUGAAACCUGUUCAACCGCAAAAGGCUGUAGGAAUGUGGGAUAUAAGUCAAUGUAAGAUAACCAAUGUUUCCCUGACAACAUGACGACAGAUCUGAGCCUGACGUCCCUCCUGAAUGUGUCUGAUCUCCACAACGUGACGCGGGGUGUGGGGGGAUGUUCCCUGACCAGAACAGGCUUCCAGUUCUACUACCUACCCACCGUGUACAUCCUGGUGUUCGUCGCCGGCCUGGUGGGGAACAGUCUGGCCAUCUGGAUGUUCGUCUACCACAUGAGACCCUGGAGCAGCAUCUCCGUGUACAUGUUCAACCUGGCCCUGGCCGACUUCUGCUACGUCCUCUCCCUCCCGUUCCUCAUCUUCUACUACUUUAAUAAGACGGACUGGAUAUUCGGGGACGUUCUCUGCCGACUGCAGAGGUUUAUAUUCCACGUGAAUCUGUACGGCAGCAUCCUGUUCCUGACCUGUAUCAGUGUCCACAGGUACACAGGAGUGGUCCACCCGCUCGAGUCCCUGGGCAGGCUCAAGAAGAAGAACGCCGUCCUGACCAGCGCCCUGGUCUGGGUCGUGGUCCUAGCGGGAAUCUCUCCCAUCCUCUACUACUCCAGGACGGGGGAGAAACGUAACGCGACCACGUGCUACGACACGACCACGGAGGAUGAGCUGCCGGGCUACUUCAUCUAUAGCAUGUGUUUGACCGUCUUCGGCUUCUGCGUCCCCUUCAUCAUCAUCCUGGGUUGCUAUGGGAUGAUCGUCAAGGUGCUGAUAUGUAAAGACGUGAACAACGCCCCGUUACGGCGUAAGUCCAUCCACCUGGUGAUUAUCGUGCUGGCCGUGUUCGCUGUGUCCUACCUGCCCUUUCACGUGAUGAAGAACCUGAACAUGCGAGCCAGGCUGUACUUCCAGGGCCCGGACAUGUGUGACUUUAAUAACCGCGUGUACGCCAUCUACCAGGUGACGCGGGGGCUGGCCAGCCUCAACAGCUGUGUGGACCCGGUCCUCUACUUCCUGGCUGGGGACACGUUCAGGAGGAAGCUGUCCAGAGCCACUAAAAAACAAUCCAGGAAGGGGGAACUCCCCCUCCAGUCCAAGAGUGAAGAGGCUGCGCUCAACAGCCUGCCGGAGUAUGUCGAGAACGGGGAUGGGUCUAAAUCUGGGUCUGGGUCUGGGUCUAGGUCCGGGUGGUCUGUCUGAACCUCUACAUGGGUUUGUGUGUGAAUUUGCUCUGAGUUGGUGCUGUGGACCUUGCAGACUGUGUGCACUGUGGUCUGAACGGUCUGGGUGGGAAUCUGACAAAGCUGAUGGUAAUGGGUUGUUUCUCUGUAAUGUCAUCACUAGGUAGGGUACUGUAUAUUCUGAAUGUCAACCAAGUGCUCAUCCGUCCAAAACCAAACGGAAGGAGAAGGUAAUAGGUUGAGCUCCUGUAAACAGUCUCAAGUCUCUUGUUCCUCUAACCAACCAACGCUAAUGUGUUUGUAAUGGAGAGAUGGCUCUGCUAGCCACCCAGUGCUAUCCAACCAACGCUAAUGUGUUUGUAAUGGAGAGAUGGCUCUGCUAGCCACCCAGUGCUAUCCAACCAACGCUAAUGUGUUUGUAAUGGAGAGAUGGCUCUGCUAGCCACCCAGUGGAUGAUGAAUAGUGUGAUGACUGAUGCUAGAGGAGACACCGGGGAUGACAGAGAACCAUCAGCUAGAGCCUGGGCCUGAUGACUGCUCUGCGGAGGUUGACAUACAGAGAAUAUAAUGCGCUGUACAUGUUUCAUUCUCAGACUGCUACAAAUUAUAUUAACCCCCCCCCAACUCCCUUCUCACUUGUUCUCUGUCCCCAUGGAUCUUUCUAUAUCAGUGGUUCUGGACCCAAAUUGGACCAGCUUUUUUCAGUCGUGACCCAAUAUUCGCCAUCGCUAAAAAUAAUCGCCAAAAUACAAUCUGUAAAACUCUUUUUAAUGCUAUAUUGAUAGUAAAUGUAGCAAUUACUGUAUAUGACAAGGGAACAACAUUCCCACCUCUUUCAUUGUAAAUAAUGAACAUUUUGCCCAUAUUCUUGAUGAAGAAUGUUAAACUCACUGGUUUGAGCUAAACUAAACCAACCCCAAUAGUGCUGCUAAAGCACUAUAAUGAAAAUACUGUAAUUGAAGAAAACAUUUUCAGAGAUGAAAUUAUAUAUAUUUUUUAAUCCAUUAUCAUUUCUAUAAUAUAAUAAUAAUAAUAUGCCA